AUGGCUAAAGUCAAUGAUGGGAAUAAAAAAGAUAGACUGCCAUGUUUAAGCGAUCACUGUAUAUUUGCGGCGAACGAAAUAUUAAAAUCGAUAGAUAUAUCUAUAAAUCCAUGUGAAGAUUUUUACGCCUAUGCGUGUAAUCAAUGGAUCAAUACCAAUCCGAUACCAGAAGGAAAGUCGACAUGGGGUACAUUCAGUAAAUUAGAACAAAUAAAUCAAUUGGUCAUACGAAAUGAGCUAGAGAAACCUUUAAAAUAUUUUAAAUCAGAUGCAGAAAGGAAAGCGAAAGUAUAUUACGAGUCUUGUUUGGAUAAAGAUGAACAUAUGGAGAAAUUGGGCGCGAAACCUCUAACUGAUCUUCUUUGGAAAAUUGGUGGGUGGAAUGUAACAGAAAGUGGAUUUAAUAUUACGAAUUGGAAUUUAGCGAAUGUGCUAAAAGUUUUACAUAAUAGGUACGUUAAAGUUUAAACCUAAAUUGUAAAAUUGUAAAUAUGUAUUCUUAUAUGUCAUGAGUAUGUGGAGUCGUCUGGCUAACAAUUCCAUUAUAUAUAAAGAAAAUAAAAGU